UGUCGUUGCGCAGGCAGGUAAAAGUGCUGAGUUGCAACGGUUAAAUUUCGUUUGCUCAGUAUAUUCUACUUUUAUAUGACAAAUCUCUUCGACUAAAACUAAAAGGUUAGUACUUUUAGUACUUGAUAAAGUGACCAGGAUGGACAGUGAAGUGAAAGUUAAGGCCAAAUUCAAGGGGACAAGUCGUCGUUUUGGGAUCCAUUCGGGCAUAACUUGGGAAACACUGUCUAGUAAAAUAUCCACUCUCUUCAACCUUGGCACAGAUUUUCGUUUAAAAUAUUGUGACGACGAGAACGAAUUGGUCCUGAUCAGCAGCCAAGAAGAACUAGAAGAAGCACUAAAGGUAUACCAAAAGAAGCAAAGGCUACUAAAUCUGUUUGUUGAAGAUUCUUCAGCUCCGCAAACUACUGAUAGCACCUUGUUAAACCUUGAGAACAGAAAUCGGAUUCAUUACCAAGGAGAAAGUAAAGGCACAGAUUCAUGCUAUGCUGCAGCUGCAACUUUAAUUGCACCAGAGUUUUCUGCAAUGAAUGCAAGAUUGCAAUCUAAAUGCAAUGAAAAGGCCAUGCAAACCAAUAAACAAGCUGUCAGCAGUUAUGAUGAACAAGAAAGUCCAAGAUCUGAGGGUUCAGCAUUGAUAUCCAUACAAGAAAAGAGUGUUCAUACAGAGUAUGUAGACUUUAAAGAAGUCAUGGCACAGUCCAAGAGUAAAAGCCAAGCUGAAUCAGCCAAUACCAAGUUAUCAAGUUUUGGAAAAGAGCAAUCUAAUCAACAGAAUGCAAAUGAAAAUGUGACUUCUAGAGGAUGGUUUGGUCACUUUGAAGACCAGCGACAAAAGCAACCAUCCAACUAUGGUAAUGGCAAAACCAAGAAGAAUAGAAAGAAGAAAGGGAGCUGUUAUAGUGAACUUGCCAGUGCUGUGGCACCACAGCUUGCAACCCUUAAUGUCAAAGUGCCCCAAAAGAAGACCAGAGAAGCUCUUGCAAGUGAAACUGAUGACACAGAUAUUAGUGAACCAAGCGAACCCACCUCAAAUGUGUCUGUUUUCAGUCCACCUCCAAAGAUUUCUGGAGGAAGUUUGAAUAGUUCCCCAGAUCUUAAUCAACAGCAAACAAUCCAGGAUGGACAACAGAGGAAGUUUAAGAGGCCAAGGUGCCCUAAGAGGCGUGGCAAGAAGAAAGGUUGUUAUGCACAGGCUGCUCUUGAUAUAGCACCUCUCUAUCAUGCUAUGAAUGACAGAUUGAAAGAGCAACAGCAACAACAGCAGGAUUCUCAGGAAACUGUUUCCCUAAAUGAUGAUUCUGAAGAUCUGACUCCAGAAGACUCUCCUUCAAAUGAGUCUUCCUUUGAGCCAUUUGUUUUUGUGAACUCCCAAGACGGACAGCCAUCACUGUCACCAACCUCAAUGGAAACUCAGCAGACAGAGGUGGUUGAUGACAAUUCUAGAGAAGGUUUGCCAGAUGAUGUUGUGGAAGAUGGCGCACUUGGUCACAGCUCCCAGCUACCAGAACAACAAGUGGAUCUUGGAUCUAGUGGAGAUGACAGGGGAAUGAAGGAAAAUGUUGCUGAAAAGAAAGACAUCAAUGUAGUUGUGAAGGAAGUACUUGAUAGAUCCAUGGACUUCAUUGUGGAAAAAACUGCACAGCGUUUGCAACAGUUGGCCCUGAACCCAUCAAAACAAGUUUCAAGUGAUGAGGCUUCUUCAUCCACUGACGUUGACGAGAUAUCUAAAGUGUUGCACAGAGGAAUAACAUGUGAUAAUUGUGAGAAUGAAAUCCAAGGUAUCAGAUACAAGUGCUGCAAUUGCCGAGAUUUUGAUCUUUGUGAACCAUGUGAGUCCAAGAAUGGUAAUCAUGACAUGGACCAUGUCUUCUUGAAGUUGAAACUCCCAGCACCAGGAAUAGGACGCAGGCAUGGUGAAAUGGUCCCUAUCUUUAAGAGCUCUGUGUACAAGAAACCCCAUGACAAAAAGCUGAAAAAGGCMGAGAAAAAAGCAGCAGAUAAACAGUUAAAACAAGCCAUAAAGGCACAGGAAAAAGAAAGGAAAAGAGAGGAGAGAAAAGAAAAGAAAGAAACAAGGAAGUCUGAACAACAACCRACUGACCCAAGAGCACAGAAAAUGGCUAAAGUGUAUGAGAAGCUCAAAAUGGAGUAUGUUCAUGAUGUUAGCUUCCCAGAUGGCAGUGUCGUCUUUCCAGGACAAAAGUUUCUCAAAACAUGGGUCAUUCAGAAUACUGGCACAAUUGCCUGGAACCAAUGGAUCAAGUUGGAGUGCAUCGAAGGAGACAUCAUGGUUACACCAGGAAAAGAUCAAGGUCGUGUCCCACACCUUAUGCCAGGGGAACAGGGAGAAGUAUCGGUUGAAUUCAUUGCACCAGAACUACCAGGAACUUUUUCCAGCAAAUGGCAUCUCACCUACGGGUUACACACGUUUGGUCCUCACUUGUGGUGUGAGAURCAAGUAGCAACACCAAGCAAUGCAGAUAAAGAARAACCAGCCCAAUAUGAUCAAACGACCCUCGUCAAUUCUGUUUUCGACAACGAGGCUCCACCAGUACCAAGUGUUGCUCUGGUUGAAGAUACAAAGCUACAAGCAUCAUAUCUUAUCGAGGACGAUGGUUCUGGUUCUGAGUACCUCAGCUCUGAAGAAAUACCAGAAACACAGCAAGGCAGAGAGCUAAUCAACGUAAGCUCAAUGGAAGCUCAACAACGUCUGGACCUGGAGUGGGAUGCUGGAUGUGUAUGUGAUGUUGAGGUUUUGGACGCAUCAGCUGAUAAUGAGGAAUCUUUCAAUCUGAUCAGUUUUUCUGGUGCUGAGGACAUGGCCAGAUCCAACUACAGUGAAGAUUCAGAUGAUGAAGAAGACAGCGUUUCCUCCCUGGAUGAAUUCACGGUCCUUAUUCCACCUUGUUUCCACCCAGACGUCCCUCUUUCCGCAGACCCCAUGCCCRUGAAGGUUGAGUUAUCCAAACGAAGCAGCAGCUUCAGUUCCAAGCUCCUUCCGGAAUCUUUUGAACAGUACUUGAACCUCGAUGAUACCAAUGAACCCUCUAGCUUGCCCAUUAUGUCCAGUUCAAUAGCGAGCUUUGAGAACAUGGCAAGGAAUAGCAACGAGCCCACAAAGGUACAAAGCCCACCGGUGCUUGCCCCUGAUGUUGACGCUGACCAAGGGGAAGAAACCCCGAGUGGACGUAUCUCGCCAAUCGAGCAUUCAGUCCAGACAUCAACACAAACCCCAGUAUCAAGACAUCCUCAUAUUACUCCAGAAGAAACUGUUCCACAUCCUCUGACAGUUGCGGACAGGACUCAUUUUGAUGAUGGAAGAACUAGUAUUGGCGACAACCCAGUGCCUGCUAACGUAGUCUCUGGAGUCAUUUCUUCUGCGAUUGAUGUUGUUACUAAUGCAGGAAAAGUUGCCAUUGCUACAGUGGACAAUUUUAUCRAUGGCGCUGUUCAGGCAUCGGCUACUUACGAGCCAGAAGAAAACUGUAACGUCACAAUAGACAGACGAUCUAACACCUCUUGCUUUGAUGCCCCACCUCCACCUCUUGUUUCCCGCGCACCUGGGAACGAUCUAAUGUCUCGUUUAAUUGAGAUGGGAUUUGCCGAUCGUCGACUGAACGAGCAGCUGUUACGUAAGCAUAAUAACGACAUCAGGGCGACAAUUGAUGAGUUAUUAAGUCACACAGAAAAUGAAUGGUCUUCUCAGAGGCACUAAGCACCAGAGCAGCCAUGGCGUACAGCACAUUUUUGAUUUUCGUAGUCUCAUUCYCAACGGGAUUUUUACGAGACCUUACAAUAUAGCGAUAAUUAAUUGGAUUGAAACUUCAAUAUACUUUUUUUGUAAAUAGAUGCAUAGAURGGAAAAAAUUUGUACACUAGUACCCUAAAUCUACUCUAAACUAACCUAGCCUAAAUAUAUAGGCUCUACUAAGCAAUCAUAACCACGGUCAGUAUAGAAGGUUAUCCACUGAUUAUCCUACUCGUAUUAUUGCAUUUGUAGAUAAUAGGUAAUGAGUAGAACGAGUAGAAUAUGACAGAGGUCACUAAAACAGAUAACGUUUAAAGGGGAUGAACUGUGAUUAACCUACUAUAUCGUUAAAACUAUAUGGAAAUAAAUGUAGAUGUAUGUAUAUACCUAUUUCAAAAAACGUUUGUCGAAUAUCUGAAAUCAGAAAUCUGACACCGAUUGGAUUUGUGGGGGACUGCCUGUUUUCUUGYUAAAAAAGCAAUAUGCACUUACCCAGACAGUUUGCCAGCGCAGGUCAUCGCUCGAAGUUAGUAUAUCAAGAUAUAACUUUUUGCGAACCACUAAUUAAAACCACAAACAAUUCACAGCUUAUAACCCACAAUUCCUUUCGGUCUCAGAUUUCAGAUCCCCGACCGACAAGGUUUUUUGAAAUAGGUGUAUAAGGGAAAUGGAUAAAAUGUUAACAGGAACUGACUACACUCRGCUUUUACUCACAUAGUAGCAUCUUUGAUGCUAUUAAACAGGAAAAUACCAAAAAAAUUCCACAUAUAGGAAUGAGCUUUUUUCUUCGUAUCUUUUUAAUCUUGUAGCUUGACGAGAAAGUGCCUUACAUUUCUCUAUCAACGAACGACGUAAUGACAUGCAUUCUCUACUUUCCCAUACCCAAAAUACUUUGCGGCACUGGAGAGUAACCAGAUCGAGGGAAAAAUUGCACUUGCAUGCUUUGCUGAAGGCUGAUCCAGGGUGCUUAAAAUACCAGUUUGAUAUCCAUAUAAUGAAACAUUUAAAAAACGGAGAUGAAGGCUUGAUGAAGUUUAAAUUAAAUUUUUAACGUAUCUUUGUAAGUCGAUACAUUUUCUGUAACACCAAACCUCUUGAUGUUCUGCACGCGUAAAAUUAACUCGGAAUCUUAUAAUCAGUAUUCUUUAAAAAGAUAACAGGAAUAGUGUAUAUUCAUUGAAAAAAAAAUCAUUUUGGGAACAGUUUUUCGAUUCGGUUACCCCCAGAAAGCAAAGCAUAAUAGGCUGUGUAAAAGUAGAGAAUUAAUUAUAAAGGACAAAAAUGCAUUAAUAAAAAAAAUAUCAAUUCGUGUUA